GCACCCAGUGCUAGCCCCAGCUACUGGGGCUGGUGCGUUCAGCUGCGGGGGCAGAACAGAACCAGCUCAGGGCGGUGUUGCUGCACGUCCCAGGGAAUGAAGAGCCAAAGGAGGACUCCUCUUACAGGCUGGCCUCUGAGAUUGCGCCUUCUGCUGCUGCUCUUCCAAUUCUGGGACCCUCAAGGCCCAGCCAAACUCAGGAACCAACACAAUGCAGCAAGCGGCACAGCUCCCAGUCACGACCCAGCUGUCACCAAGUGGGCAUCAUCCUCUGCAGCCCCAGCUCACCUCUAACCCCCAGGAUGGCGCCACGGGGAAACCAGCUCCGCAGCCUCAGCAGGCACUCCCCAGCUGUGAGAAGCCACUGCCCCAGCAGCCGGUGGCACCCCACUAUGUGCCGCGCCUGCGGGCAGUGGUGGAGAGCCAGGCCUUCAAGAACAUCCUGGUGGACGAGAUGGAUAUGAUGCACGCGCGGGCGGCCACCCUCAUCCAGGCCAACUGGAGGGGCCACCGGCUGCGACAGAAGCUGGUGUCCCAGAUGACGGCAGCCAAGGCCAUCCAGGAGGCCUGGCGGCGCUUCAGCACCCGGCGCCUGCGUCGCACCAGCAGGAUGAGGGCGAGGGUGCACGCAGAGGAGGGUGACAUCCCCUACCACCCGCCGCAGCAGGUGCGCUUCGGGCCCCAGCCUGUCACUGUGAGUGAGGACAUGCAGGUCCCAGCCUCCGUCACCCUGGAGCCCUAUGCACCCCGCCUCUGCCUGCUGCCGCCUCCUACAGCCCAGGGCCCACCAGCAUCGGGCCUGCAGGCUCCCUGCGCCCCCAUGGGGGUCAUACUGCUGCACCAGGCUAUGGCUGGCAGCCUCCAGCACCCCAGGAGCCUCGAUCCCAGAUGCCAGCCAUGCGUGCUGACCACGACUGUCAGGAGCCCCUGCCUCAUUAGUGGUCACGUGGUGGCAGAUGCAGUGAAGUCCAGACGUGUGACUUCCAGAACCACCAAAGUGGGGGCCCCAGAGCCACACCCCUCCCGGAGACACAGCCAGGCAGCAUCUGGAGCCCUCAGGGCCCAGGCCCACAUGGAAGCAGAGCUGCCCAGAACCCUUUCCCAGACCUGCGACAUGGUUGGAACUGCCAGGGGCCCAGCUCAGACAUAUCCCAGGGCUGCCCCUACCAGGCCUCCAGCUCAGAUCUACCCAGCACCCACACUGACCAGGACACAGCCCCAGACAUGCCCGGCGCCCACGCCGACCAAGGCCCGAGACCAGGCUCUGCCAACACCGCUGGCCAGCCCUCCCCCACCAUCAUGCCCCGAAGCCCCUGACACCAGGGUCCUGCCCCAAGUGUCCCCGUUGGCUUCGGUGAUGAAGGCCCAUCCCCAGACGCACCCAGCAGCCCCUGGGAGCAGGAUCCCACCCCAGCAGGGCUCAGUGCCUGAGAUGACAAGGACCUCCCCGCCAGUGCACCCAGUCACUGCCCCGGUCAGAAGCCCGCCACAAGCCACUCAGGCAGCCAUGCUGUGCAAGACUCCAUCCCAGACAGGCCCCAUGGCCCUGACGCCCAAGCCCCCGCCCCAGAUGCGCCUGGCAGCCAUGAUCACCAGGACCCCGGCCCAAAUCCGCUCUAUCGCUGCUGCCCUCAAGACGCUGUGCCCUACUCUUCCGGCCACCAGAAACUUCAAGGCUGCACCGCCGGCCACAGUUCCCAGCAGCUCAUCCAAUCUGCACCUGACCACAUCGAGGACCAAGGUUCCAACAAACACAAGGCAAGCGACAGCAUGGACAGUGAACGUCUCAGACCUCUCCUGUUGGGCUGAAAGGAGGGUCAAGGGUGUCCCCCAGCCACAUCUGGAAACUGGGGCUCCCGGGGCUCCAACCAGGGGAAGCCUAGAAGCCAAGAAAACCCACGCUGGCACCCGGAAACUGGUGAGCAAGGACUCAGCGUCCAAGACCAACGUGGCAACGCAAGCAGCCAGGGCACCGCCGUGGGCCAGGGUCACCAAGGACAAGGGCCAGCCCCCUUCCCAGCCCCCACGCAAAACGGAUGCCAUCAAGGUCCAGUCCCAGGUACUCAUGCCCGUCCAGGUGGCUGUGGCCCUGCCUCAGGCUCAGGUGGCUGUGCCGCUGACCAAGGCCCUGGCCCCAGGGCAGCCAGCCAAGGUACCAGCCCAGCCACAGGGAGCCACCUGCCCGGCAGCCUCAUCCCAUGUCCACCCACCUACAGAGCAGGUCAAGGCCCUGUCCCAGCCACACCUGGCCACCUGUCCCACCAAGGCCCCAUCCCCGGCGCGCCAUGUCACCUGUCUGACCAGGACGCAGUCCCAGGCCCAGCUGCUGGCAGAGACAGCCAGGCGCCUGCAUGCAGCCCAGCCCUCCGCCGACCUCGGCAGCAAGGCUCAGUCCCACCCGAUGCUGACCCGGCCCAAGGAGUCCACGCCCUGCUGCCAGCUCCCGGGGACCCGAGUCAAGCAAGACCACAGACCGGGCAAGGCCACCCAGGGCACCCGCCCCACCACUGUCCUGGAGCCCCAGGGCACGCUGGUCCCUCUGCUGACUGCGGCCACUGCCACAUAUUCCAGCUGCAGUGUGGAAUCCUGGGGCGACAGCAGCACCACCCGGGCCCAGCUGCCAACACCCAGCCAGGCCACACCUGGCCAGGAGGACAUGUUGGCCUCACAGAUCACAGCCCUGUGCACGGAACUGGUCACUGCCCUGGGCUCUCAGGAGGACCUGCGCGUGCUGUUGACAAAGGCGCUCUCACAGGGCGAAGUGUGGGCCGCCCUGACCCAGGUGCUGUCCAAGGAGGCCCGGGGGGCCACCGUGACCAAGGCCCUGCCCCAGGGCAUGCUGGGACUGGUCCUGGCGAAGGCACUGUCUUGGGGCGAGCUAGGCACCACUCUAUCCCGCGCACUGUCCCGGGGUGAGCUGCGCACAGAGCUCGCCAAGGCCGUGCACGGCAGGGUGGCCGAGGUGCUCCGCAGGGCACUGACCCAGGAGGAGAGGGCGGUCCUGAGCCAGGCCCUUAGCCAGGGCAAGCUGGGGGCCAUCCUCUGCCAGUCCCUGUCCCGGGCAGCUCCCCGGACUGGGGCUGUUCUCCCCAAGGCCACCUCAAAAGUGACCAGCAGCAAGAUGCCGCUGCCACCGGCCCCGGCGCAGGUGACGGCAUGGGGGCCCUGCGUGCACUCCCCUGCGUGGCAGCAGCCCAGCAAGGGUCCUGUGGACACCAGCACACGUGGUGGCCGGCCGUGGACCUCCGCUGUGCCCAGUGUGGCAGUGAGGCCCCUGGACCAUGCUGUGGCCCCCCACACCCCACGCCAGCCGGCCAGGGUCCUGAGGCCGUGGGACCACGUAGGCCCCACGGCCGUGUCGAUGCAGCACGUGGAGAAGAUCUUCGUCUGGGCCGCGACUGUCAUCCAGGCAUGCGCCCGCGGCUACCUGGUGCGCCGCACCAUCAAGGUGUGGCAUCAGAGGGCCAACGUCAUCCAGGCCACCUGGCGUGGCCACUGUGUGCGACGCAACCUGGCACAGCUCUACAGAGCCACCAUAGUCAUCCAGGCCGCGUGGCGAGGCCACUGUGUCCGCCGGGCGCGUGCUCAGCACAUGCAGCUCCCGCCUGCUUGGACAGAGCCAGGCGGGGAGACCAAGGCGGCCACCGAGCACCGCUGCUUCCAGUCCUGCCAGCCUCGCGCCUGCAGCCUGUGCCGGUCAUUGAGCCCCAGCCUGGGCAGCCCGCCCAGUGUGGUGAUGCUCGUGGGUGCCAGCCCUCGCACCUGCCACACCUGCGGCCACACGCUUCCCACGCGGGUGGUACAUGGCACAGGCCGGGCCUGCGCCUCCCACCCAGCUCCCCAGCACCCAGCUCCCCAGCGCCUGCAGCAGCCAUGGGAUGGAGCUGCCACCACGAUCCAGUCUGCCUGGAGGGGCUUCAGGGUUCGCCGCCAGCUGAGGGAGCAGCAUUCCGCAGCCAGGAUGCUGCAGGCCACCUGGCGGGGCCACUACACGAGGAGCUGCCUCACCCCCGAGGCGCUCCUGGGGACAGGAAGCCCAUGGGACAGUGCCCCCGGGGCUCCACGCCAAGCCUCACGGCAGCCCUUACGCCGGACUGGUGUCUAG